AUGGAAGAUAACUGCUCAACACUCGAAGAAGCUAGAAACCAGUUAAGAAAAGCAAGGGAGGAAAUCGACUCUCUCCGCAAUACCAACGAAAAACUAACACUUACUAUAUACAACCUGGUUGAAAUUAUGAUUUCCAACGCAAGAUCAGAAAACUCCCUCAUUAACAAUCUCAGGGAAUGCCCUCGGCAAAUAACCACAAACCUCAGCCUCAACAACCAACCCGGCACGAGUAUCCAUGAGGCCCCAACUAGACUGCCAAGCCCCUCCGCAACCCCUAACAACCUAAAGCUCGGAAGCCAGCACCUU